AUGGGACGACAACGGCGGACGAAGUCGUUUUCUUCAGCUUCCCCGCCGUCAGUGUUGCCCGGUCCCUACCUAAUUCGCGAUGAACUGUACACGACGGAACAACGGGGCUCUCGAGGCAACCUGAACCAAGUUCCCGCUCAGCCAGGGCUGCCUGCCUAUGGCUUGGCUGCCCGCCUCAGCAAGGAACACGAUGGGUACCUCCCCGUCGCGCAUGCACGAUGCUUCAGCAAGUCAGCAACAAUCCACAUGGCUAGCUCACCACCGACGUUCCAUUACCUUACUGACCGAAGUCCCGUCACAUGGUCGAGACACAACCCAAGACACAGCCCAGGUACCUCGGCCGAGAAGGGUAUUUUCCGCGAAUUCAACAAGCUGCAUUCUUGGGAUGUUCUAGGCGCGCCACAACGCCAACCGAUCGGGUUCUCAUCGAAGCCUUCUAGGGCCGCAAGGAGCAGCGGCAAAUACCCUACCUGUCCCGACUUCAUAUGGUUGUAA